CCGCGAGCUGCCCCAACACACUCGCCGACGCGUCCCACCACACGGCGGACGGGGUUCGACAUGCAGCACCCCGUGGUCGACCUGUCGGGCCUUCCUCGACCGACGGGUCACCAUGCCCCCCUAGACCGCUUGACUGGGCCUGCUGCCACCGCACGCGGCCGAGAACCUGAACUCGGACAGCUUCAACUUACGUUAGACGUCGUCGACACGUCCAUUUCAGGUGAAGGCAUGCCAAAUACGACAGCAUCCACCCCGUCCGACAAGGCGCCGUAUGCCCGUCGAACGCCAGGGCUGAAACUAGCUCCGAUACUGAAGUCUCGGAUGCAGUCGAGCGUCCGAAACAUUCGGCGAGGCCGAGAACAGCCCACGAUGAAGUUGAUCAUGCGGAAAGGAAGCGACGCUGACGACCCGUCGAGGAGGCGGAGCACAGAUUCGACCCUCAUGACACGUCGGUCCGUCAACCCUCCGCAAAAUGCCCGAUGUCCACCAAAGACGAACGCCACGAAAUCGGGGUCCCGCAAGUACUGGCCCGACUUUGUCAUGGCGUCGGCAAAAGCAACGUCCAAGUUUCGAUGGUGUUGGGACAUUUACACAAUGAUUCUGCUUUGCUACACAGCCGUCGCAGUGCCGUUCGAGAUUGCAUUCGUCCAACAAGACGACGUGGACGCGCUCUUCCUUUUCGACCGCUGCGUCGACCUGUCGUUCUUCGUCGACAUGCUCUUUUGCUUCAUCACGCCGUACUGGGACCCCCACGCAAACGCCAUGAUUGAGGACCUGCCACUCAUUGUGAAGCAUUACCUCAAAGGGUGGUUUUGCCUCGACUUCGUCUCGAUCCUGCCCUUUGACAUUGUCGGCCUGUUUAUGGACGAGACGUUCCGCCAGCUCACGAUCUUUCGCAUCCUCCGCAUCCUGCGCAUCAUCAAGCUCGUGCGCGUUUUCCGUGCGUCGCGAAUCUUUAGCCGAUGGCAGGCCCAGCUCAACAUCCCCAUGGCGAUUUUCAAGCUGAUCGGGCACUUGGCGACCAUCUUGCUCCUGGCGCACUGGCUCGGGUGUCUGUGGGGUGGGGUCGUCCACUUUGAGAGCCACAAAGACGGCCUAGGAAACAAAAUGUCUUGGAUGACUGUGUACGGCAUCGAUGACAAAGGAAUGCAGACGCAGUACGUGACGUCGCUGUACUGGGCUGUGGUGACCAUCUUGACGAUCGGCUACGGCGACAUCCCCGUCGUCACGCUGGAGGAGAAGGGAAUUGCGAUCGUGUGCAUGAUUGCCGGCUGUGGCACGUACUCGUUCGUGAUCGGGUCCAUCUGUGGUGUGCUGUCAAGCAUGGACGAAGCAACGACGGACUUUCGGCAAAACAUGGACCACUUGAACAUGCUCUUGCAAAAGGAGCGCGUCCCGAAACAAAUGGUCAUCACGUUUCGCGAGUAUUUUCUCCACACGCAAGACUUGAUGAACCACAAGUACUUUUCCAAAGUCCUCGACACGCUGUCACCGGGGCUCAAGGGCGAACUCGGCGUGUACACGUCCGGCGAGUGGAUCCACCGCGUCCCGUUUUUCCAGGGCGGACCCAAGACCGAGCACACCAAGUUUAUCACGGCCAUCACGCAGCACCUGACCGCGAUGCUGUUUCCGCCGAACGAGUCGAUGAUCCGCCGGGGGGACCUCACGGACCGCAUGUACAUCUUGUCCAAGGGGAUCGUCGCGCGGCUCGGGAAAGUGAUCGGGAAAGGCAACUUUGUCGGCGAAGACGUGAUUCUGUCCACUGGCGUCCGGCACUACGAAGUCCGCACACUCACGUUUGUGGACGCGAUGGUGCUGACGAGGGCCGGCCUCCAAGAAGUGCUGCGAGGCCACUUUCCCCAUAAGAAGAAGACCAUCCGCCGCGCGUCCAUCUGGCUGUGUCUUGGGAGGAAGAUGGAGUACUUCUUGGAGGAACUCAGGUACUUGCGAACGUCGCCGCAGCACGCGUGGACACACGCAGAAGAAUCGGACUGGUUUCGCGCGCGGAUGUUCAACGACCACGACUUGGACCUCGAAUCGGCGCCUCUCCACUUGGCGACCCAGUGCGUUGCUGCCGCCCAGAAAGCGCUCGCGGCGGCCGUCGCGCUCGAUUCGUCCUUGUCAAGGCGCGACGACUUUUUUGCCCUCACCACGUGCACCAAAGCAUCGCACACGAUGCUGGAAGACAGCUGCCGGCGCGGCGAUAGCGCCGCCUAUCCACCCGCCAUGUUGGACGCGACCUUGCCAUCCACGUAGCGAGUGCACUAUUUAACACCAUUCAACACACGUCCUCAACGCGACUGUCGCGUUGAAACGUGCUCUCUCACUGUCCUCAUCGCCUUGACCACAUGACACGGACGGGUGGCUCUGGGCGCCCCGACGAGUCAUGGCGGCGAUCA